AUGGGCUGCUGUUCCUCAAGAACAAUCAUUGAUGACGACUCUUCUGUACUAGAUGGAGCCAGUGAAGUACCCAGAGGAGGUAACAUGCCAUUUACUAAGAAGGGUGUUAAGUGGACUUCAGAUUCGCCGAUAACUGUACGUCAACUAAAAAAGCAACGGGACGCGUUUUGGGAUACCGCACCUAGCUACGAAGGCCGACCAGAAAUAUGGCAGGCCUUACGAUGCGCAUGCGAAUACGAUGACAUUGUAUUUGCACAAGCCAUACUUAAUUCCGCGAAUAUAAUCAUUCCAACGGGUAACCUAGUAAAUGGUUGUUACGAUGAGCUGGGAAAUAAAUAUUUAAUUCCUGCGUAUUGUAUAGUAGAACCGACUAAUCUUAUAUAUGAUGACGAUAAUACGUCCGAAAAUGGGGAGGAGGCUGGCGACGAACCGUUUGCCGAGCAAUUGUCUGCAUCUUCCUCAGCAGAAAAAACAAUUACGAUCAGAUUAUCUAACACAUCGAAAGAUGUCAAAAUAAAAAUUAAUUCCAAGUUGGAUACCAUUUCUACUCUGAGAAUUAAAUUAUGCGCUGACCAGGGAUUGGAUACAAAAAUGUUUACAGUUAGGUUUUUCUUUCUCGGAUGCUUACUGGAAGAUAAGACAAAAUUGGGAGAUAUAGAUUAUAACGACGGUCAAGUGUUACAGGCAUUGAUUAGCGAAAAACAAUAA